CUCCGCGCGACCAGAACAAAGUUCCGCCGUACAAAUCUCCCAACCCUAUUUUUGUACUUAUACCCAUUCUUCUUCAAUCGCUAUCUCUCUGCAAACAAAGUUGAGCGCUUUGAUCUCUUGAGCUAAAGGAUUCGAAGUGAGGAUGGAAAGUGAGUUAAUUGCAUUGUUCGAGGCGGCGAAGAAGGCGGCAGACGCGGCGGCUAUCGACGGCGUUACCUCAUCAAGCCCGGAAGUUUCUCAAUCUCUCGAUGCCUUAGAGAAACUCAAGACGUUUCGUGUUACGUAUAACACGCUCGUCACGACUCAGGUAGGGAAGAAGCUGAGGUCUCUUGCGAAACAUCCUGUUGAGGAAAUCAAGAGUGUAGCUACUGAUCUGCUUGAGACAUGGAAGAAAGUUGUCAUUGAAGAGACUUCCAAGGUUAAGAAGACCGAAAGCACAAACGGUUGCAAAGAGGUUAAGUUGGAGAGGAAGGAUGUUGAGAAGGCUUCGAACCCCGCGCCUGUUAAAGUUCAGAAGCUUCAGAGGGGUGAUUCAGCUAAGAGUAUCAAGGUAGAGAGAAAGGAACCAGAGAAGAAGGUUGUUACCGGUGUGAAGGUAGAGAAAAAGGAAUCAGACAGCAAAGUCGUUAAGAUGGAGAGGAAGGAGCUAGAUCGUGGUCAGACUGUCAAGGAUGAAAAGGUCUCAAAAGAAAGUCUAUCAAGUGAGAAAGCUCCAGCUAAGGCACCUAAUGGUACUCCCAAGCUAACUUCAAUGGUCAAAUGCAAUGAUCCUGUGCGUGACAAGAUCCGUGAGCUGCUUGUGGACGCCAUGUCCAAGGUUCAUGGAGAAUCUGAUGAGUACGAUAGAGCGAGACUAAUUGGAUGUGAUCCAAUCCGUGUUGCUGUCUCUGUGGAAUCUCAUAUGUUUGAGAAACUGGGACGGUCAACGGGAGCUCAGAAGAACAAGUACAGAUCUAUAAUGUUCAACCUGAGGGACAGUAACAACCCAGACUUGAGGAGGAGAGUUCUCACAGGGGAGGUGUCACCAGAGAAACUAAUCACAAUGUCUGCUGAAGAUAUGGCAAGCGACAAGAGGAAACAAGAGACCAACCAGAUCAAAGAGAAGUUCCUGUUCGAUUGUGAGCGUGGCCAGGCACCAAAAGCAAGUACCGACCAGUUCAAGUGUGGGCGGUGUGGUCAGCGCAAAUGCACUUACUAUCAGAUGCAGACAAGGAGUGCUGAUGAGCCCAUGACGACUUAUGUUACAUGUGUUAACUGUGACAACCACUGGAAGUUCUGUUGAGGUGAUAAGAUACAUCUUUGUUUUUUUUUUCUUUUAAUUUCAGGAGUCCGUGUCUCAAGACAUAGAUGCUCUGAUUGAUUUAUCAAGAGCUUUCUUGUCUAUUUGCCAGCAUUCUGAGAAUGUUCAGGGUCUGAUGUUUGUUUAAGGAUAUCAGUUGAAGUGUCUUAGAGAUUAGGAAGUAGGGGAGUUUACUAAUUUAGCUGUUUGUAGCUCUUAUCUCUUUUGCUUCUUUAUUUCAACAUGUCAAACUCAUCAACUUUCUUGCAAAUUUU